AUGGGUUAUUAUUACACAGAAGAGGAUCCCCUCUUACCAAGAGAUACGCGAGCACCAGAGAUCCAUGGCUCUCGCCCUCAAAGCAUCAAGGAGGGUCACGUACCCGCAGAGACUACCAACCAGCUUUCCAAUAAAGCUGACGAGCUCUAUAUUAGCCGACCAAACUACAUCAAUCAUUCUAUCUUCAUGAUCAUAUUUCUAUGCAUAUUCUCCCUGGGCCUUUGGAGCGUUCCGAACUUCAAAGAUAUCUUUGGGGACAUAAGGCCCGGACCUCAAACCAUAGAGCAGCGGGUCAACAAGAUCUUGACUGAUACUCCUCUUAUUGAUGGUCACAAUGAUCUAGCAAUAUUAAUAAGAUUUUUACAUAAUAAUCAAAUCUACGAUGAAAACUUCACCAAGCCUUUUGAAGAGGGCGGGAUGUAUGCUCAGGUGGAUUUACCACGUUUAAAGGAAGGGAAGAAUGGAGGAGCCUUCUGGAGCGCUUUUGUUCCAUGUCCCAGCAAUGGGUCAGAUUUCUCUGAUGAGAACUAUGCUGAAGCCGUUGCCUUCACUCUCUCCCAAAUAGACGUUCUCACUCGUCUCCGCGCCGCCUACCCCGCUCACUUCUCACUCCCCCCAAACAGCAGCACCGCUCUCUCAGCCUUCGAAGCCGGCCAACUCAUCUCCCCACUCGCAAUAGAAGGCCUGCACCAAAUCGGCAACUCCAUCUCCAACCUCCGGCACUACCACUCCCUUGGCGUUCGCUACGCAACACUCACCCACAAUUGCCACAACAUCUACGCCGACGCCGCCAUUGUCGAAGACGCCAAUGGGCACUCUGUAGCAUCAAAUCCGCUUCACGGAGGCGUAAGCAAGGCUGGUAAAGCGCUGAUCCAUGAGAUGAACCGCAUAGGAAUGAUCGUCGACCUCGCACACGUAAGCCAGGAUACCAUGCGGGACGUUCUAGGUGGCUCUCCAGACUGGGACGCAGUCUCGCGCCGCCUAUCUACUCGCACUCGUCCGCCCACGCCAUUUGUCCUCACCCGCGCAACGUGCCAGAUGAUAUCUUACAACUUGUAA